AUGGCCGCCGAUGAGAUAGACGACGCCGAGUUUCACGAUGGACGAGAGCUUCAAGAAGAAGUACAAACAGGCGUGGACGACACAGGCGAACACUGGAUGAACAUACGAAAAGACUUGGCACGAUGGCUCUCUCCCCUUCCGAGGAGUUACACCGUCCGCUUAGUGACUACCUGUUACUAUUGGGACAAAACAUCGCCUGCCCCCGCCCCUACCCUGCAUUACGGGUUUGUCUUGUCGUUCGAGGAAAGGGAGGUCCUCGCACAGAAGCUCCUCGAGGAUGAACGCGUCGUCAUCGAAGAUGCACAGCAUCAGCCGCCCAUUGCGGUAGUUCACAAGUAUCUUAACGAUACAUUGAAGGCGAUAUACGAGCAGGAGCCUGUGCAGCCCGGGGAGAACAUCCGCAUCGAGAGGCCCGAGUUCAGGACGGUGGUUCCAGUCUCACCAGAGAUGGGAGACAUGGUGUUUACCCUGUACUGGACCGCACCCGGGCGUGGCUGGUGGCCGAGAAUGAUGGGCACGGCCGUACGCGUCUUCCAGGAACUUGUUCCGGGACGUGAGCCAAUGUGGUACUUCGAUGCGUUCACGUACGCUCCUUGGCUACGUCGUGAAUCGAUUGGGUUCUAUCCAGAGACGCUCGAUCCGGAGGAGGUGGUUGGUUCUGCGCUGAUCCCGUUCCUUCACGGCGGCCGCGACCAGUGA